AUGUGUGCUAGUGGCGGCAACGACCAGGAGGCUACCGUAGUGUUAGGAGCGACGCUGCGGCGAUGCGUGUCUGCACCGCCAGUUACCCGGCGCCCCACCAGUACAGACAUGCGGACAGCGGCUGUUUGUGACCCCGCCGUGUUUCUUUUUCCGCUGCGGCUUCGCCUCCAAGGUGUGAGUGCCUCUUCUCCUGCUCGCCACCUCCUCUGUUUUCUUGUUUUUCUCUGCCGCGAAGAGACAAGUUUUGCUACCAGCCAUCUCUCUACCACACUGAGCCAAAUGAACGGUGCGCCCCUUUGCACCACCCUGUUCCUGCUGCUGCUGUGCUGCGCAAGUGCGUGCCUCGGCUCGGUGCAGGUGUUUGAGUGGUAG